AUGGAAGUGACAUUUCUAAGCCGUAGGUUGGCCAGGUUUUCUGUUAAAGGAAUAGCCAGCAAGUCUCAAACAAUUCGGCAUUUCUGUCGGUCUAUUACUCAUAGAGAAGAAUCAGAUCUAGAGGUGAACCUGACUACUCCUAUGAUGAACAGUCGAUUUCUAAAUGAAUCGCAGGUGAGGUCAAACGUGCAAGAAGACACAGUUAUAGAGAGAUUGCUCGAUAUCAGUCCUCCGGAGGGGGAAUUGGUGACAAAAUCAAAGUACCCAUACGCAGAAAUGGCAGAUCGGCCAUGGCGAGCAUAUCUACCCGAAGUACCCCGGGCAGCUACAGCUGCCUCCAUCAACGACUAUAUAGGAAAGCUAACAUCCUACAGGUAUCACCCAUCUGUUUAUGGGGUGAUCGGAGAAUCGUUGAUGAAGAUAGUUGAAGCUACACCAGAGGUUCUCACUAAACAGUCGUACUUGAACAUUGUGAGCCACUUCCACUUCAUGGUGCAGGAUCGUAAGGGGUUUGACGUUCUUGAUAAGAUGGCUGAAGCUACUCAGAUACAGCAGGAUAUAGACUUUGAUAACGCCUUACUCUCCUAUGCAAAUUGCGUUACCGACUAUCGUCCUCGAAUCACACGACUCGAAAAGUUGAGGGACCAUCAUGUCAUGGCCAAUAAUAACACCUGGUACUACGUUUUCCGGAUGUUUAGAAGAACUGAUCCGAAGUUGCAGCUUCUCAAGUUGAUGGACGAUCACGGAAUCUCUCAUCAGCCCAUUCUUUAUAGUGCCGUUCAUUAUCUAUCGAAGACAUAUACUCCAGAGCAGCUUCUCGAGUACUAUAGAAGAGAAGGUAAGACGGGUGUUAAUAUGACUGCAUAUUUGUUCAAUCGAUUGAUUGGUACCUAUUUGGGCUACAAUAGGGUGGACGAGGCUUGGAACCUCGUUAAAAAGACCCAUUUGGACCCUGAAAAUACACUGCAAGUCAACGCAGGUACGUUUGGAGUUUUUAAUCGCCAUUUUGCUGAUAGAGGGGAGCUAUAUAACUGCAUAGCCUUCUCUGAUCUCUUUUCCAAGACGUUUGGAAUGAAAAGCCGCCAAUUUUUGGCCAAUGACCUACUAAAUAAACAGUUACCUUAUAUUGACUUCUUCGACAACUGGUUCAAUCUAGUCAAUGUUUUGGUGGAUAUGUUGAGGAAUAACACUCAAAACAAGAGCUUUAUCAACAAAAAAACGCUACACAAAUUGCAAGAUUACGCCAAAUUACACGGAAGAACGGACUUCGAUCCACUACAAUUCGAUGACGAAGCACUAUUACUCAGACAUGAGUUAUUUAGUAAGUUGAAGUGGGAGUGUGUUGAAGAUGAUGGUCAACUUCCGUUAUCAUUGGAAGAGAACAGCGAGCAGUUUCAGAAAGCAGCAGGGUUAAUAUCUGCUCCUAGAAAAGGCUCUACAACUCAUAAUCCAUCGGAUUUCUUGUAG